CAUGUUUAGAUGUAACUUGUGUUUCUACUGAAUUUCAAGAACACUAGUUUACAAGAACUUUUAGAAAAACAAAUUAUGAAGUUAGUUGUCAUAUUUAUUUCCUUCAGCAUAUUUCGUAACGUUAAGCCUGUUAUUUUCUUUUUAGAGCAUGCGAAACAAAUUCUCGAAUAGUCGGGCAAUUAGGAUUAGUUGGGAAACAACGGCUUAAAGGUGACUUGCGAACCACCACCACUAACGGUCGGGCAGGCGAGGCAUCUUGCAAGGAUAAUUUGCUCAGCGGUCACCAAUCAAAACAGCGGCCACACUCGACGCUCGACGUUACUUGAUUCGGUUGUAUAGCGAUCACUAUUGUGCCCGCUACACUGCGCCAUUGCAAAUGGAAUGUGUAUUUUUUAAUUACUUGCGAUACACUAUACUACUGGAUGCUGAUCGAGAUAUAAUGCACAGUUAAACUUUUGACCCUCGAGAGAUCAGGUCAGUGGCCUUUUUAAUCUACUAUUUAAUAAGGCAAACCAAAGAGACGAUAGUUACAAAUGCUCGUUAAAGGCGUAACAGUAUUUUGACUAUCGAGUGAGUUAGUCACCAUUAUUUGAUAGGUAGUUACUUAUCUAAGGUGUUGAUAAACCGUCUGGCUUUAAAUUUAGCCAACCAUGGCACUAAAUUUCCUUGUGAACUUUUAUCAUUGUUGGGAUGUGUGCGAAAAUUCUACAUCACUUGGCAAACAUAUGACAAAACGCUUGCUUCUCUCUUCGAUUGUGAUAGUGGUGGUGGUGGUGUUAACACUUGUGUACUGCCAAUCCAAAGGAUCUACUGGACGUGAGUGUGUUGACACAAACACAAGAGGGACCAGAUCAGUAUCUACGCUACAGUUUGUCAUUGUGGUGGCCCGCCAUGGUAACAGAGGUCCUUUGUCUACCUUUACCACAAUUCCAUACCAGAGCAAUGACACAAGUGUGUGGCCAUACGGUGUGGGCGAACUUACUCAGAUCGGUCGUGUCCAGAUGUACAAGUUGGGGGAGAAAGUCCGUUCCAUGUACAAUGGUUUUCUGGACUCUACAUACAGACCAAGAGACUUUCAGGCCUUGAGUUCACCCUCAACACGCACCCUUCAAAGUGCUGAACUGUUCUUGGCUGGAUUGUUUCCUCCCACAGGAUUCCAGGUGUGGAAUCAGGACAUAUGCUGGCAACCUAUACCGAUAUAUCCCAGUUCCUUGGAUCAUUAUGAAAUUUUAGAUUACGCUGCAGAAACCUCCUGCCCUAGAUUUUCUGAACCACAAAAAGACUCAUUACAGGAAAUCAAUAGACUGUACCAGUCUUCCCUGACCAGCUUUGUUGAUUAUGUCAUUCCUCACACAGGCAUCGAUGUCAUGGACGUCAUGCAGAAAAUUGGCAGUUUAUAUAAAUUGCGAGUUGUUGCAAUUGUGUGGGAAACCUUAAAAUAUGUGGCAGAUAAUGAACUUCCUCUACCCGACUGGGCCACUAAGAUAUAUCCUGAGCCUUUGAACAAUCUAUUUUCGAAGAUCUUCAAAGCGAUCGUUGCAGGCUCUACCGACCAGAUUAAGUAUUUAGAAGGUGAAUUGUUUCAAGAGUUGGUAGGCCUGAUGCAGGCCAAGGCUAACAACACGCUGAGCCCGGACAGACGCAUGUACUACUACUCCGGCCAUGACUACACGAUAAUGGGCCUACUGGCGAUGCUGAAUCCGCAACGAGAAGCCUACGUCAACCCAGGAUCUGCUUUGAUCUACGAGCUCCACCAAAAUCCAAGUACCGGCCAAUUCACAGUUCAGGUGUUGUACAUUGAUGGAAAAUCUCCAGACUUGAAUCCUCAAGAUAUCGACAUCGUAGGCUGUGAAUCACCAUGUGACUUUCACAAAAUGUUGAAAAUAACAGAGAAAUAUUAUAAUAUUUCAAACUGGAAAGAAGAGUGCCAUUUAGGACCUACAAUAUCUUAAACAGCUAAAAAUAAAUGGAUUAAGAUUUUAUUUCCAUUUAGAGAACAUUAAAAAUGGAAAGCUUUGAUCGCUAUAAAUUAGUAUUGUACGGAGGCUAAAAUGAUGGUUAAGGAUUUAAGUGUAAAAUACAUCAAAGCACUUAAUUAUAGUACAAGACUCCUGUUAAACGACAGAACUUCUUCGUGCAUUUCACUAAUUAUCUCUGUUGCCUUUCACGGCACAUUUGUAAGGGAUCCACUUAGUGCAAAAGCUCAAACCAAUUUUUGAAACGCGAUCACGUCACAAUUACCUGAACGUAAUGUGCCACUGGUGAACGUCCUCAGCUUUAAGAACAUUAUUUCCAUUAUGUUCUUAGGAUAGAGAUCGCCAACCACUCUUUAAAGUGGUUUUUGUACUAUAAUGUACCUCUCAAUGCUGAUUCAGGUACAAAUAUAGAUCCUAUUUAUGGAAAACGACGAAAAAUAUACAGUUUUAAUCCAUCCAAAAAGUAUUAAGAUAUCAUUUUUACAAAUGCUCUACUGGACUUCACAUAAGGGUAAAAUAUAUUUGUUAAAGGAUUAUCAGUAUUCCUAAUUUGAGUUUUGAGGUUUAAAAAUAAAUAGUUUUCAAACAUCAAAAUGUUAUUAUUUACCUAAUGUACGCGUAUUUGUGAGAGCAAUAAAAUUGAUUUUUUUCUUUCCGAA